AUGAUGCUGAGCCCCGGUAUAUCACAUGUACUGCAUAGCCUCGAGCGCCUAUUGUCAAAACUUGAACUCGCAUCAGGAGAUCGUUCGAUAAUGGGCACAAAUACAGAUGUCCUAUCCCCAGCCCAUAUCAAAGGCUUGAUUAGAGAUGGGCGUGCUAUAGUUAUAUACAAAGGUAAUGUGCUCAACUUGACAAAAUGGCUUCCACGGCAUCCUGGAGGAGAAAAAGCCGUUCACCAUAUGAUUGGCAGAGACGCCAGUGACGAAAUGGAUGCCUAUCAUAGUGAGGAUACAGCUAAAACGUUUACCAAGUGGAAAAUCGGUACGAUCGACUACCCAUGGGAGAACUUACAACCCCCAAUUGCUGGUGCACUCUAUUCAAGUAACGCAAUUACAACUGACCACAAACUGUUAGAAGCCAAGCUCGACGAAUCAGACACAAGUGGCUCAGAAAUGGAACUCAUUUCAACAUCGAGCUCUAGUUCCAGUUUGAAUCUCGAUAUGACAUCCAAAGAAAAAGGAUUAGGGUUUCCUGCUGGCAGAGUUAUACCUAAAGUGCCACAAGAUAUUCACGCAUUAUCUUCAGAAAACAAAGAUGAAAUAUUCCCAGUAAGAAACAGCAAGGUUAUUGUUGAUCCGCAGCAAAUCAUUGACAAUUUUGAUAAUGAGCUCACUCAACAAGAUCUUGCUGAUGUUCCAGCUUUGGACUACAAGACUCAACAGCACCUUCGCGAAAAAUACCACGAACUUCACCAACGAGUAAUUCGUAAUGGGUUCUACCAGUGUAACUACUGGAACUAUGUCAGAGAAUUGGUCAAGAUCAGCAGUUUGGUACUUUACUCGCUUUCGUUUUUCAAAAUUGGAUGGCUCAAGACAAGUGCAAUAUUAAUGGGAUUCGCAUGGCAGCAAACCACCUUUAUUGUCCACGAUGCUGGGCAUAUAUCUAUAACCCACAACUAUCAAGUAGAUUCUACCUUUGGUAUGACACUCGCAUCAUGGUUUGGUGGCUUGAGUUUAGGCUGGUGGAAGCGCAACCAUAAUGUGCAUCAUUUGAUCACUAAUGAUCCUGUGCAUGAUCCUGAUAUCCAACAUUUACCAUUUUUCGCUGUCAGUGCCAGACUACUCGGCAGUGUAUACUCCACCUACUACGAAAAGUACCUUUAUUUCGAUGCAUUCGCAAAGAAAAUGAUACUCAUUCAGGACUACUUAUACUACCCCAUCCUUGCUUUUGGAAGGUUCAACUUGUACAGGCUUUCAUGGACUCAUUUGCUUUUAGGAUUAGGUCCUCGUCAUGGUAAGGCCGCAUGGUUCCGGUACUAUGAACUUGCAGGUCUCUCGUUCUUUUUCUACUGGUUCUUUUACUUGUUGGUUUGGAAGUCAAUACCCAACGGUUGGGACAGAUUCUCCUACGUAAUGAUCAGCCAUAUUGCAACCAUGAUGGUUCAUGUACAAAUCACAUUGUCUCAUUUUGCAAUGUCGACUGCAGAUUUGGGACCCAGCGAGUCGUUUCCUCAAAGGCAGAUUCGCACCACUAUGGACGUCGAUUGCCCGGAGUGGUUCGAUUUCUUCCACGGAGGCUUGCAAUUCCAGGCUAUUCACCACUUGUUCCCUCGUUUACCAAGGCAUAAUUUCAGAGCUGUCCAACCGUUUGUGAUUGAUUUUUGCAAAGAUGUGGGUUUGAGUUACUCGAUUUACGGAUUCGGGAAAGGAAAUGAAAAGGUGAUUAGCAAGUUGGGAGAGAUUGCCAAACAAUGCAGUAUAAUGCUCGAUGCUACCAAAAAACUCAAGGAACAUGAUCAUUGA